AUGAAUCUGAUAGAUAUCAAUUAUAUUUACACGGACUUGUCUCUAUCAGAAUCUUUCAUGAUCAAGUCUGAGUUAAUUAGGUAUGAUUGGGAUGGCAAGUGGUUUCUUGAAAAGAUGGGUCAUGAAGGUUUGAACAGUGUACUGAUGGCAUAUGAAGAUAAAUCAGCUUAUGCAUUGUGUGCAAUCUCUUUCCCACACGGUCCAGGUGCUGAACCUCGUACGUUUUUAGGGAAACUCCAUUAUGGUAAGAUAGUUCCAGCAAGAGGACCAUUUAAUUUCUGGUGGGAUCCAGUGUUUCAACCGAUGGGUAUGACCAAACAAGAAAAAAACAAGAUAUCACAUAGGUACAAGAAGUCUUUAGCAAUGUUGAAAUCUCACUUUAAGGAGGCUGGCUAUGUGUUCCAGACAACAGAUGGUGAUACCAUUUAA